AUGAGCCUGAGCGAGCAGGACGCCCGCAAGGCCCUGGGCUCGCUGGGCCUGCGCCCCGAGGUGCACAAGUCCCAGAUCGGCACCCUGAGCGGAGAAGGCCCGGGUUGCGCUCGCCGUGUUCACCACCCGGCCCUCGGACGUGCUGCUGCUGGACGAGCCCACCAACCACCUGGACGGCGCGGCCGUCACCGCGCUGUGCCGGGGCCUGGUCGAGCACGCCAGGAAGGCGGCGCGAUCGUGGUGGCGUCCCACGACAAGGCCUUCGUGCAGGCGCUGCAGGUGACCGACGUGGCCAGCGUGUCGCGCGGCGGCGCCGGCGAGGCGGGCAGCGUGCGAGUGGACGCGGGGCCGCUGCCCGACGCGUUCUCGCCGAGCUCCCCGCCGGGCCCCUCGCCACUGGCCGCGGUGGCCACCGGCGGCGCGAACAGCGCCAACGUCGCGGAGGCGGCCGUGGAGGAGGUCCUGCUGCCCAGGCUCGAGAAGCAGGCCGCGCCGAAGGCGGCGGUCGAUGCCACGUCGGCGGCGAAGGCGUUCAAGGCCAAGGUGGCGACGAUCGAGGCGGAGGAGCUGAUGGAGUCGAUCGAGAAGCAGGAGACGGAGCUCGAGGAGGCGCAGCAGGCGAUGCACGAGAGGUGGACGGAGGAUGAUGGAAGUACGAGACCGUCCAGAGACUGGAGGCAGAGCUGGAGGCCCCCGCUGUGGGAGAAGCUGGCCGCGACCAUCCAGGCCGCCACCAGCUGA